AUUUUGACAAAUAACAGUUGCAGAAUUUUAUAAUAUUGUGUGCAGAAUUUUUAAUUUUUUGGCGCAAAAUGCCCCCAGGAGUAAACUUUGGUGCAGAGAGCUUGGCUGUAUUUCUUCUGAGUCCUCCACGUGCUUUCUUAAAACACCCUCCCCCACAUCCCCACCUUCUGAAAAGGUUUUACAAGCAAUUGCCAGCACUGUCUUAUGUUAAUCACCCUGCCUCUGCCUGUCAACAAAAUACUGACUCUCUGCAGAACUCACAUUCCGCACUGACUAGCUGUGCUGUAGUUUUCGAGCUCUACCUGGGAGCACAAUUCCUGUAUGAAACUCCUGGGGGGGGAAGCCCCCACUGAGUCCCACAACUGGCCCCUCUGCCCUCACGGCUCAGAAGCUCCAAGGCAAAUAUCCACGGGCUACCCCCUCCCUUCCCGCAUACACACACCCUGCUCCCACCUUCUUAUUUGAUUUCUAAUAAAAGACAAACUCAUGACCUUUGGGAGUCUGUUUCCUGAAUGUUCAGGGCUGGCUGGGCUGCCCAAGGCCCUGGGCUGAUUUCUGUGCAGGAUUCAGAUCUCAGCCACACCCGGUGUCAGACCAGAGUCACCGCUGGGUGUGGCAGGGGGUGAGUGCGGAUGGGCCAAUGAGAUCAGCCUCCGCCUGCCAGACCCUGGGGGCUGCAGGGGGAGUCCAAGGCAGCUCAUUCAUCAGGUGUUGCCACCAGAGGGCUCCGGUUAUGGCUAAGGGAGAGGAGGAGGCAGGUGUGUGUGUGUGUCUGUCUGUCUGUCUCUUCCCUGCUCAUGUUGUUAUAGCCCUGGAGUGCAGCUCCCCGGAUCAGAAGCUGCCUCCUGCAUUUAAACCUGGGAACCCAAAAUGAGAAGCUGCUUCUUACCCAGCAGAGGAGAGACCUCUGUUAAAGCCCCUCUGUGCCCAGCCAAGGUGGGGAAUUUCUCCGGUGACUGGAACCAGCCUCUAGGGCUCUGCUGACACCAGCCCCUGAGCUGGAGCCUGCAGGCUGAGGAAUCACAUCCACAUUUUGCUCCACAUCGACCCAGGAGACAGGGCAGGGAAAUGGCUGUGAUGGAGCCAGCUCAGAUGCCGGUGACCUUCGAGGAGGUGGCUGUGUAUUUCACCCAGGGGCAGGGGGCUCUGCUGGACCCCGCUCAGAGAGCCCUCUACAGGGACGUCAUGCAGGAGAACUACGAGACGGUGACCUCUCUGGGAUUUCCCUUUCCCAAACCUGACCUGAUCGCCCGGCUGGAACGAGGCGAAGGGCCAUGGGUCCCGGAUCUUCAGGCCUGGGUGGAAAAAGAGAUCCCAAGAGGCACUUGCACAGCAGGUGAUGAGCAAGGGAGUGAGAGCGAGGAAGGGAAUCACCAUGAGGAAGUUCCUGGGGAAGUGGAACCACAGGGAACCUUUGUGGGAAGAGUUGAAGGGAACUUUUCCCAAUGCUUGGAGGAGGGAGAAGCCUGGGGAAAUUGGCACAGGUCAGAGAGGUUGUUGGGAAACCACCCAAGGAAGAAAGUGGAUGAAUCUAUUAAAAGUGGGGGAGGAGACAAGGAUUCCACAGCUCACCACACAAAUCCCAAGGAAGAAAAACCCUACCAGUGCCUUGAAUGUGGGAAAAGAUUCAUUCUGAAAUCACACCUUGUGAAACAUCAGAUAAUCCAUAUUGGAGAGAAACCUCUUCAAUGCUUGGACAUUAUGGAAAGCUUCAGUACCUGCUCACUUCUUAAUAACCAUGGGAGAAGCCACACGGGAGAGAAUCCCUAUCCAUGCCUCGAGUGCGGGAAAUGUUUCAGUGGGAAGUCUGAACUAAUUAGACAUCAGACAGUCCACACAGGAGAGAGACCCCACAAGUGCUUGGACUGUGGGAAAAGUUUCAUGUGGAGAUCACAUCUUAUUAGACAUCAGAGAGUCCACACAAGAGAGAGAGCAUAUAAAUGCUUGGUGUGUGGGAAAAGCUUCAGUGACAGCACAAAUCUUACUAACCAUCGGAGAAUCCACAGAGGAGAGAGACCCUAUAAAUGCCUCGAUUGUGGGAACUCUUUUGGUUGGAAGUCCAAUCUUAUCACACAUCAGAGAAUCCACACAGGAGAGAGACCCCAUAAGUGCUUGGACUGUGGGAAAAGUUUCACACAGCGAUCAGCACUUGUUACACAUCAGACAGUGCACCCAGGAAAGGGACGCUAUAAAUGCUUGGAGUGUGGGAAAAGUUUCAGUUGGAAGUCAGGCCUUAUAACACAUCAGAGAAUCCACACAGGGGAGAAACCCCAUAAGUGCUUGGACUGUGGGAAAAAUUUCAUACAGAGAUCAAACCUUACUAAGCAUCAGGCAAUCCACACUGGAGAGAGACCCCAUAAGUGCUUGAACUGUGAGAAAAGUUUCACAUUGAGAUCAGCCCUUGUUACACAUCAGGCAGUCCACACCGGAGAGAGACCCCAUGAGUGCUUGGACUGUGGGAAAAGUUUCACAUGGAGAUCAGGCCUUGUUACACACCAGGCAAUCCACACAGGAGAGAGACCCCAUAAGUGCUUGAACUGUGAGAAAAGUUUCACAUUGAGAUCAGCCCUUGUUACACAUCAGGCAGUCCACACCGGAGAGAGACCCCAUAAGUGCUUGGACUGUGGGAAAAGUUUCACAUGGAGAUCAGGCCUUGUUACACACCAGGCAAUCCACACAGGAGAGAGACCCCAUAAGUGCUCGGACUGUGGGAAAAGUUUCAUACAGAAAGCACACCUUAUUAGACAUCAGACAGUCCACACAGUAGAGAGACCCCAUAAGUGCUUGGACUGUGGGAAAAGUUUCACACAGAGAUCAGCACUCGUUACACAUCAGACAGUCCACACAGGAGAGGGACGCUAUAUAUGCUUGGAGUGUGGGAAAAGUUUCAGUUGGAAGUCAAGCCUUAUAACACAUCAGAGAAUCCACACAGGAGAGAAACUCCAUAAGUGCUUGGACUGUGGGAAAAAUUUCAUACAGAGAUCAAACCUUACUAAGCACCAAGCAAUCCACACAGGAGAGAGACCCCAUAAGUGCUUGGACUGUGGGAAAAGCUUUAGCUGCAGCUCACAACUCACUCAACAUCAGAGAACCCAUACGGGAGAAAGACCCUAUAAAUGCCUCGAGUGUGGGAAAAGUUUCAUUGCGAGUUCUCAUCUCGUUGCACAUCACAGAAUUCACACCGGUGACAAACUUCAGAAAUGCCUCAACUGUGGGAAAUGUUUCAUGUGGAACUCUACCCUUAUAAUACAUCAGAGGAUCCACACAGGAGAAAGACCUUAUAAGUGCUUGGACUGUGGGAAAAGUUUCAGGUGGAAGUCUGCCCUUAUAAUACAUCAGAGGAUCCACACAGGAGAAAGACCCCAUAAGUGCUUGGACUGUGGGAAAAGUUUCACAAACAGAUCAGCCCUUGUUUUACAUCAGAGAAUUCACACAGGAGAGAGACCCCAUAAGUGCUUGGAGUGUGAGAAAAGUUUCACACAAAGAUCAUGCCUGAUAACACAUCAGGUAACCCACACGGGAGAAAGACCCCAUAAGUGCUUGGACUGUGGGAAGAGUUUCACACUGAGAUCAAACCUCAUUAAACAUGGGAGAAUCCACACAGGAUCUAAACUUCAUAAAUGCCUUGCCUGUGGAGAAAGCUUCAUUCAGCGAUCACACCUCAUUAAACAUCAGAGAAUCCACUAAAGUUUGAGAUUCAAUCGGAGCUCACACAUCAGUGAUCCAUACAACAGAGAAAGCUUGAAUGUGGGGGAAGUUUCAUUUGGUGCUCCUGGAGUAUCAGGCACCCGCAAAUCUACAUAGGGAAGUAACCUCUGAGAUGUUCUCAGUGUGGAAAAUGCUCCAAGUGGAGCUAAGACAAAGUUGGACGUGAGAGACUCCUCCACACAGCACGGAAAUUUUCUCAGGGCUCUGACUAAGCCAUAGUAAUCAAUUUCCUCAUUCCCACACACAUCAGGGGCAUUUGGCUCCCAAGGACCCAGCUGCCCAUCACUGGAGUGAAGAUCCAGCAGCAGCUAGUCAGUGACCCUCUGGUUCUGCUUGGUCUAAGCAAACCCCAGGCAGAGAGGGAGAAGCCCCGAUCAGCCCCUCCUCCCUGCUACAGCCCUGGCUGCUGAGCUGAUGGGCCAGAGGGGAGAAGGGAGAGAGAGAAACUCCUCCAGCUGCUCCCUCUGCCUGGCUGAAGUUCCCCCGUCUCCCUUCCCCUCCCAGCCGGGAUCCCCCUGCCAUGGAGAUGAGGAGAAGGACACUUGGGCCAGGCCCCACUUUCACUCUUGACACCCGUCUCCAUCCCCCAUCUUCCAGCAGCCCCUGGGCUGGGCUCCCCCACUUACCUGGAGCGUCCCUGGAGCUGGUUAUUCCUCCGCUCCCUGAAUCCCCCAGGGCGCUGGGCUCUGGGGGAUCAAAUAUUGAGGGACCAGGCUGACGGGUUGUGGGGAGGACACUGAGGAUUGAAUGGUUGGGGCUGGGGGAGCUGGGAAGCAGGAGGAACUGGGUGCUGGGGCUAUCGAGUGUUUAGGGAUCAUGGGAUAAGAGGCGAGGGAGAGCACAGGGGUCGAGAGAUGCUGCCUCUAAUCACUCACCCCCUCUGCCCCUUCUCCCUUCCCCCUCUGCAUUCAACCAGCACCACUGGGAGGGGCUGAUUCCCACAGGGCCCUUUGUGGGAGGCCUGGAGUUCCCACCUCUGACUCCGCAGCAUCAGCCUCUGAACAUCUGUCUAUGGUAGGAAAAUGGUUGGGAUUAGCCAGCUCGUCUCCCCUGACGCUCCAACACUCUUUCUAGUCACACUGACCCUGAAGUAUAUUAUCUAUUCUGAUCCUCGCCAUGAGCAGAGUGAUCGUUAGUCCUUGAGUUCCCCCUUUGGGGCCGGAUUGUCUCAUUCCCAGCCAGUCUCACAUUACUCCAGGCUGUGCGGAAAAGCAUUGAGUGUGUGUAUAUUUUCUCCCUUAGGGGGCAGAACUAAACAGAUGCUAAAAAAGUGGGAGCAGGGAUAGUAAAAUGUGGUGUUUUAGCUUCUGUGCUAUUUCAGGGCAAUAGGGUGAGUUCGAGGUAUCCCCUCCUUCCUGUAUCACCAUCACCCUCCACACAGCAGCCUCUGUCCAAGCGAUGGAGAGUCUUAUCCUGUCCCUGUUCUACCCCUCUGCCUCCUAAGGUGUCACUUACCACCGUGUCCCUGGCUCUAGAUGCUUAAGAAUCAGCUUUGAUUUCUGUGAUCCUCCAUGAGACUUUGGAGGGCUGGAGAAGAAAGUGUCACAGACCUGCGAGGGAGGGGAAGGGAGGAAUCCCAAAGAACCUCAAAGCACAGUUUACCUUUCUGAUCUGUUUCUAUGUAUUGCUGAAAUUGCUUCCAGAGUUUUCUGUGCUCGUCUAGAUCAUUUGUAGAUGGGAAGGUUUUUUUUGUUUUUGUUUUUAUUUCUUAUGAUGAUGUUAAAACUUUUCAGAGUAGCAGCCAUGUUAGUCUGUAUCCGCAAAAAGAAAAGGAGGACUUGUGGCACUGUAGCUCACGAAAGCUUAUGCUCUAAUAAAUUUGUUAGUCUCUAAGGUGCCACAAGUCCUCCUUUUCUUUUUGCUAAAACUUUUGUAACUCAUACAACCGAAUUAUUAGGCAAGAGGUGAAGCCGGGUUAGCCAGUUCAGAAGAAAAUGGCUACAUUUAUUUUCCUGAUUUUGAGUCUUCAGAUUCUCUGAGAUUUCACUUUCUGAAUGUAAAAGUGUUUUAUAGCCCACCCUGGAGUGUGGGUUUUUCUCUAGUCCAGAAGGCUGUUUGGUCACAGACUUUGAUAUUAGCUUAGUUUAGAUGUAGCUCAGAUUUAUGGAGGACUUAAUGAAUGCCAGAAUAGUCCUUUUGUAUUUUAUUUUCACCGUAUUCUACCCUUUGUGAUGUGAACUUUGUUUUAUUUGAAGAAUGGCAAAGGUCUGUGUGUCUCAGCACAUACACUGCGGGUGCCAGCUCGCGUCACGUCCGAGAGGCAGAGAUGGAAAGGGGGAAUGAAAUCACGGCCUGAGCCCUGCAGUGACGUGACUUAGGGCCCAACCACCCUGCAGAGGCUGCUGCGGCGGAGUUGCACUGAUGCAGCUUUUGCGCUUGGAGGGGGACGCUACGUGGACCAACCAUCGGCGUAGAUCACCCACCUCCCCAAGAGGCGGCAGCUACGUCGAUGGGAGAAGUCCUCCUGUUGCCAUAGUGCUGUCUACACCAGAAGUUAGGUUGGUACAGCUGCGUCGCUUGGGGGUGUGGAGUUUCACAAGUGACGUAGGUUGCGAGUGCAGACCAAGCCGCAGCGUCAGGAGGAGAAGAGAGUGGGAGGUGAGGAGAACAGAGCUGGGAAAUGGCUGGGUUUGCUCUUCAGAGCCAGACGGCUGAGGCUGAGAACUGUGAACUCGCUGCACCAGAGUCAGAGAGACACUAGACCUGACCUAUGAGUGUUGUGUGAAGCUUCCCCUGCAAUCUAAAGGACCAUGAACGACACCCCAAAAAUGAUUGGGGGAGGGGGCAGCGUCCCCCUAUUGCUGAGGUGCCGAGUUUGGGCACAGGCAAGAAGGGAGCCAGGGAUGUCAAGAGACCUGGGCAGCCUUGAAUCCAGGCCAACCCCUAGCAUUGAGGCCAGAGGGAGAUGAGGAGCCCUAGAGCCCUGCUGGUCACCCCCUCCCCAUCUGCCGCGGUGUCCUGUGUGGGGACGAGAGAAACUGUCUCUACCCCACUCACCCCACACUCAUCCCUCCUUCCUGAGAUCUUUGGAUUCCCUGCUCUCAGAGUGUUUCCUUUUGUGAUGGGGUCCCAGUGUCUCUCGUGGCUUCUCACCACUUUUCUAUCAUUCAUACGUGUGGCUCUGUUUUUGGUUCUUUUGAGAGUUGGGCGUGGCACUGUGCUGGGAUGGAACCGAAAAGUACACCCCGAGCUGGGCUGGGGGUGGGGAAUGGAGUCUGUCUUUGUUUGUCCUUUGGAAUAAUAAAGUAGCAUUUAGUUUCUCCCACUGCCAGUCUCCUUCGUUUUGCAUUAAAUACCCACCAGAUUCAGAGUGGAAGUUAAAAGUGAAAGCAAUGCAGAUAUGGUCUGGGAUGGGAAUGCUCAGUGAGGUCACCCAGCCAACCUCACGCCUGCCUUGUUGUAGACUCUGUCUAACUUCCCAUAGAGAUAAAACUCUCUGCAAUCUGGUGCCCCUCUCCCUGACCCCAGUACAAAUGAGGAAGAGUUCGACUGGGUUUCCGGGGUCAUUAUCUUCUCCCUCACCCUGGUGUAAACCAGAAGUAAUCCCACUGGAACCCUAUGAACUGUCUACACCAGUGUGAAGUUGUUGUGAGAGGAAAACCAGACCAUGGACCUUUAAGUGUGUUAGCAGGAACAAUACUCACACAUAGAGAGUGGUAUUGUCACCCCAACGCUUCAAAAAUCAUGAGUCAGACCCCCCAAAAUCGUGAUAUUGGCUGAAAAAUCACGCCAUUCUUACAAAAGACGAAAUCACGAUUUCUUUUUAAGUCCACCUGUUUUUUGAUCUCCUCCUGCCUACUCCCAGUGUAGUGUGACUAGCACGGCACUGCCCACCCGUGCAUAUUUAUGAAAAGGAAGUGGAUUUUGACUCCUGCUGCAGGAGUUCUCACAAUAAUGCAAAGAUCUUGGACCUUUACGCAAUUAUGGAGCAGGGCCUGCAGGUGCCACUUCCUAUCUCUUGCCCGCCCAGGCCAUGGCAGUAACCUGUUCCCAUAGCUGCUAAAGUUUGUGCAGCUCCAUGCAGGACAUUUUGCACCCUUGUGAAAGUCACUAGUUUCCCCUAAAUGGUCCCUGGCCACCGGUUGUGAGAGGGACAACCACAGGAGGAACAUUGAAGACUCACUCAUGGAUGAGGAAACUUUUCUCCCCCUCAAAAAGUCGAGGCAUGCCCCAUACGUUUUGUGGCCCUUCUAAUGCCUCCGAUCCUGCCGAUCUCCGGCAGGAAGCCCUGACUCAGGAGUGGGGGAUGCAGAGGAAGAAGAUGGAAUCUUCACUCUACCUUGCUCCUGGUCCGGAGCAGAAGCAGUGCCCGGAGCAGCCCUACCAUCUGCCUCGUUCUAUCUCAGACACAUGGAAAUAAAUUGGUUAGUCUCUAAGGUGCCCCAAGUACUCCUUUUCUUCUUGAAAUCAAUGGGGCCCUUAGCAGUGCAGUAGUACAAUGAAACGUGUAAGAUUUUGCAGGAUUGGGAAUUUAGUUUGCUCGGCUUGGGGGUUUCUCUCUAUUGAUAUUCGGCCUGUUCCUCACACCACAACUUUCCCCAGUUUCCUUCUUCUCUGACUGCAAAGUACGUUUCAGAGUAGCAGCCGCGUUAGUCUGUAUUGGCAAAAAGAAAAGGAGUACUUGCGGCACCUUAGAGACUAACCAAUUUAUUUGAGCAUAAGCUUUCGUGAGCUACAGCAUCCGAUGAAGUGAGCUGUAGCUCACGAAAGCUUAUGCUUAAAUAAAUUGGUUAGUCUCUAAGGUGCCACAAGUCCUCCUUUUCUUUUUGCAAAGUAAGUGUUUCUAUGGAUACCAAGAUUAUUUUUAAUACGGUAGCAGCUAGAAGCUGCACCCAAGACCGAAGCUCUAUUGUGCUCAGCAUGGUACUCUAUAUACAGAGCAUGAGAGACAGCGCCUAAGGGACAGAGCUUCUUGUCUAAAUACACAAAACAGACAGAGACAUGAUUCUGUACGUAUCGGGAGUGUCUCCUUGAUUAAAGCCAGGCGCUUAAAGCAGGUUUUCAACUUCCGACAUGUAAGAGAAAUACAUAAGCAUGGGGCCAUGUUCCCAGCUGGUGUAAAUCAGCCUAGAUCCAGCAAAGUCAACACAGCUUUGCUAAGUGACAUCCAGUGAGAUUCUGGCCAUUGUUUCUGCCCUGGAAUCACAGUGUGAUUAAGUGAUUAGCUCCAUUGUUGUAGCUGGAAAUGGCUAUUCUCUGUGAUUUAGCUUCCCCAGGUUUGUGCUCCUUGGCAGCCAGAUGCUGCGUCCUUGCCCUUUGAACUGGGAUCACCCCCAAAAUAAAGUCACACAGCCCUGUGUCUCCAGCUUUUUCCCUUUAGAUCCCACCUUUGAGGCCAUGUGCAUGCUGAGAGAAAAGAGGUUUUUUCUAACUAAGGGUCCCCAAAUAUGAGAAACAGAUCUUGUACAAGCCUGCUGGAGAUAAGGUAAGUCACAGCUUCACCUUGUUGUACCUGAUCGAGAUGCACCCCACCCCACAGUGUUCCUCUCUACCAAUUACACUGAGGUGAAACUACCACUUGCAUUGUCUACACCAGGGUUGGUCAAUAGGCGGGCCAUGGGACAAAUCUGGAUCUCCAGAUACUUUUGAACAGACUGCAAAAUCUUUUAUUAUCAUUUUUGUUAUUAUUGUUGUAUUGUUUUCUCUGGAAUCUGGAUCUUGAAUAUACCUUGACCAAGAAAUUAGGACCCUGACAAAAAAAAAAAAAAUUGUCCCUGAUCUACAGUAUGAGUUUACAAUAAGAGAAAGAGAACCUACAUCCUAGUGCAGACAAAUCCUCAGAGACCGUCUCUUGGAGCAGGUUUCGCCCUUUACACCUCCAUGACCACCACAGUUAUUGCUGAUGAGCAGGAGAAAUGCAAAAUAUUUCCUAUGUCUUUACCCAGCUUUGAAAACAUUUCAUACACACGGGAACCAAGCUAAAGAGUCAGCGCUCUACGGCACGCAGCUGAGGAAUUCCUGAUUUACGUGGCUACAGCCAGCACAAGAGACAGAGCACAGGCUAGCCAGUGACAUGUCAGAGUAAAACCCCAGCUCUCAUCAGAGGGACAUGCCGGCCUAUUCCCCAUUGUUGUUGUGUCCUGCUGAACAUCUAAGUUCCUAACUCCCCUCCCCAGGGAGAAGCAGAAUUAUGGUCACGCCCUGGGUGAUGACCAGGUGCAGCUUGUGUGCUGGUAACAAGCUGUGGCCUGUUUGCUCUUGGUUGAUUCUCACUUGAGCUCAUCGGUAUUUUCUCCUGUCAUCACCCUGAAAGUGAAAAGGUCUAUAACUCUCUAAUCACACCCGCAGCAGGUUGGAUCAUAUUAAAGAAGUUCUGUAUUAAAAUCACAAAUGAGUUUGAUUCCCCAUAGUUUAAAUUUCAGGGUAUUACAGAUAUACAGAGAACAUGAAAAAAAUGGGUGUUGCCAUAUCAACUCUAACGAGACUAAUCGAUUAAGGUGGGCUAUUAUCAGCAGGAGAAAAAAAGCUUUUGUACUGCUAAUCUGGAUGGCCCCUUUCCAACAGUUGACAAGAAGGUGUGAGUAAAAGUAGGGGAAAAAUUAGCAUGGGGAAAUAGUUUUUCGUUUGCCUAAUGACUCGUCCACUCUCAGUCUUUA